AUGGACAAUCCAGAGCACUUACGCGCCCUCGAUAUCCCUCGUCCGUUACCUCCCGAUUCACUUUCCUGCGUUGCCGAAGACGCGUCGACAUUAGCUGCCGCUCAAGAACAGGAACACCAGCAACAACAGCGGCGUGAUCACCAACCAACGCCCAUCCAGGAACAACACGCGCCGGGCAACAAUGUAGUGGAUGCGCAGUCCUUGCCGUCCUUGCAGUUGACCGCGGCGAAUCUCGAGCCGUAUUCUUCGCAGAAAUUGGAGCGAAAUGGGCCUUCGGUAUCGCGAGCGGGAGAUUCAUAUACCCUGGCGCGUGAUGAUUCCUCGCAAGUGCGACACCAGUGCGAAAACGACUCCGACGUGUCGAUCUUCACAUCCAAACAAAACGGAUAUCUUCGUGAUAUGCUUUCUGUGUUAGACCCACCGGAUCUAGACCUUUGGAGGGAACGGUUGUUCAAUGUGGAUGAAACCAUUAUCUUGAGUGAAGAGCAAUUCCGAACUUACUUCCCCCACGUCGAUAACAUCUACUCGCAUCGCUCGACGCAGCAUUACAAGCGCAAACCCCUCGUCUCUCACUACUGGGACUGUAGACUAAAAGGCCGACCCCCCGGGACGCCUAAAUCCGACGACCCGAACAAGAAGAAGCGCAAACGAACAGCUCGGCAACGAGACCUCUGCGACGUCAAGAUCAAAAUCACAGAAUAUUUCCCGGGGUAUGGUGCGAUGCUAGGUCCAGAGACAUUUACCCAUGGGUUUGAUGCGUCGUCGCUGGCUUCGGAGUCGUUGCCCGGCGUUCAUGCGUUGUUUCCGGUGCUUGAGAAUCACGGCGCGGAACAGGCUGUAUCUCGUGAGAAUCAACACUUUGGCGUGCUUACGCCGAAUCCGCCCUUGCCGGAGGGGCAUCCUGGGGCUAAUGGGCAGCGAUUUUUUACGAUUCAACGGGUGAACGGGAACGGUGCGAAUGGGAAGAAUGAUGGCGUGGGUGGUGGCCAUAGACAUACGUUGGAGGAGAGUGAUCGUGUGAAGAAGAAUAGUGUGCAGCGGUAUCUCUUAAAGGAGGCGAGAGAAAGGAAGAAAACGAUUAGUACACAAGCUAUGUCGGUUCAAGACCAGCAACCGCAAAAAUCAUACCACACGCAGGCUACCGGCCACGCUGCCGUGACUGUUCAAAAUCAUUCCAAGGAGAGUACCCUGAAGCUAUAUGGAAGCUGUUUCUGUCCCUUCGUGCAGCGGGUUUGGAUAGCCCUUGAGGCCAAAAACAUCCCUUACCAGUACAUCGAAGUGGACCCGUAUCAAAAACCUCCAGAAUUACUAGAAGUGAAUCCCAGAGGGCUUGUCCCUGCCUUGCGCCAUGGCAAUUGGGGGUCGUAUGAAAGUUCGGUAUUGAUGGAAUAUCUUGAGGACUUGGGCAUCGGCCUUCCCCUGCUUCCACCGGGCGACGCACAGCUGCGAGCGCAUUGUCGACUCUGGACAGACUUUAUUAACCGUCACGUUGUGCCUAGUUUCUAUCGUGUUCUUCAGGAGCAGAAUCGGGAGAAACAGAUCCUGAACGCGCAAGAGCUGAAGGAUGCACUAACUACGCUAGUUUCUGCUGCUCAUCCACAGGGACCGUUUUUCCUGGGGCCGAAUCUCUCCUUUGUGGACGUCCAGAUCGCUCCGUGGAUUCUUCGGCUGGGUCGUGUCUUGAAACCCUAUCGUGGCUGGCCAGACCCCGAAGUUGGUAGUCGAUGGGCUGCCUGGGUCAGCGCGGUUGAAGAUGACAAGCAUGUCAAGGCCACCGUGAGCACUGACGAGCUCUAUAUUGAUAGUUAUGAGAGAUACGCCCAGAAUCGUCCCAACACCUCUCAGCUUGCAAAUGCAAUCAACUCCGGCAGAGGCCUUCCAUGA